AUGUCUAGAACACUUAUUUCUCUUUUGAUAAAAUCUACUUUUCACUGUGGCCGUCACAAGAGUGUGCAACCUCGUUUAUUAUCAACAUUCGAAAAAAUCUGCUCUUAUAGUCGAAGUAAUAUAGAAAGACUUGACAUGUUAAAAAAGAAGGAAUACAAGAAUAGUCCAAACUUAUUAAAUUUGGGAAAGUUUGGAAGGACUACUUUCGCCCAUUUGAGUGGCAUGUACAAGAUUACUGCCGAAUAUACUGAUUUUUUGAAAGCAAUUGAUGGCCUUAAAGCCUACUCAAGAAUUUCAUCUGUGGACAUUCUAAAAAGGCUGACUAAGAAUUUUAGCUUGAAUGACUUUCUAAAAAAUAUAGACAUGCCAUUACCUGCACCAAGUUCUCUUUCCGACAAACCAGAAAAUGAAGUUAUUGAAAUUCGAAAUCAUCUACUAGCAACCUAUUUUCUAUAUAAUACUUUUUAUGAGUUAGAUCACGAAAUUAACCUUGAUGAUAUCAAGACGACAGAAAUAGAAGCACAUGGUUCAAUAUAUAUCGUUUAUCCACUUCCACUAGAAGUCCCCGCAUUGAUGGAAAAAUUCAUACAAUUUCGAGACGAGAGCCAAAAUAGUAGUCUUCAUCCUCUCAUAAUCGCUAGUCAUAUACUUUCAACCUUCCUUCAUGUUCAUCUAUUUGCAGAUAGUAAUAGGCAUGUUGGAUAUUCAAUUAUGGCAUUAUAUCUCAUCUGCAAUGGGCUUCCGCCCAUUGUUUUCCAAGAUAUUCUACAAGAAGAAUACACAUCUACUUUAUUUCUAGCACAAGCAGAAAAGGAUUCGAUUCCACUAUAUGCUUUGGUUGUGCAAAACAUUUUUAAUAUUUUAAUGAGAUAUCAAGCAUAG